UGUGGCGGCUCGUUCGUAAUUGUAGCCGCGCCUCCGGUCCGGGUCAGAGUGGCUUGAGAGGCUGGGGGACAGCCGAGCGGUGAUUCGUGGGCGAAAGGAGCGGAGGAGCUGGUGUGUUGCCUGCCCGGCACCCAGGAGGGCGGGCGGUGCGCGGACAGACCCUCGCGCGGUGGCGGACUCCAGCUGGCGUCCGCCCGGGUCGGCGCGGCCCGCGGGCGGCAGGCGGUUUGGGCCGUGGGCGGCUGCUGCGGAGGAGCGCGCAGCGCGGGUGCCUCGGUCCGCGGGGGCCCGCCUCCGCGCGUGCCGUCCUGUAACCCUCGCCGCGGGGCGUCCGUGGAUUUGAAGAAGGCGCGUUGGGCGGGCUGGUGUUGGAAAUUAUUAGCUCUUCUAGCUUUUACGUUAUUUAAAUACAGUAGUAUCAUUGGACUAAAAUGUUCCUGAUGCCAACCUCUUCAGAGUUAAAUAGUGGGCAGAACUUCUUGACUCAGUGGAUGACCAAUCCUUCUCGGGCUGGGGUCAUAUUAAAUCGUGGAUUUUCUAUUUUGGAAGCAGACGAAGAGAAUCGAGCAAAUGUGAACAUUUCUACCAGCUUUCCGGUUAAAGCCACGCGUUUUUCAAAUAGUUUCAGUUUUAUAAGUGAAGAAGAUUCACUUCGUGAAGAACAGAGAUUGGAGUGUAACAGCCCUUACAAACUACAACCUGAUAAAUCUGAAGCACUUACAGUCUUUCCUUUAACUAAAGAGGAACUUCCAAUAGCGGCAUGUCAGGAUGCUCCUGGACACUGGGGAGAUCACAAAAAUGACGCUAUGUCAGAUCUUGCGAGUGAAUUCAAAGAAGUGGCUUACAAAGACCCGCUUUUCAAAAAGCUUGAGCAGCUGAAAGAAGUACAACAGAAGAAGCAGGAACAACUGAAGAGGCAACAGUUAGAGCAGCUACAAAGACUCAUGGAAGAACAAGAGAGGCUGCUUACCGCGGUGUCUGGGCAGCAUACACUCCCAGGUCUAACUCUACUUCCUGAUGAUAAGAGCCAGAAGUACAGAUCUCCAGGAAAUGCAACCACUGUGGAGAAAACCGCACCCUUCUUAUCCUCAUGUAUCUACCAGAAUCAAACCCAAGAAAAAAUGCACACUUCCAACGUUUUAGCCAAUGAACAAAACUUCUGUAGGACUACUCAUCAAGAUUUUAUCUUAACUUCAAAAAGUGGUGCUUCUCCCAAUUUGUUUUAUGAGGCACAGUAUCAAGAAGCGCUUGUGAAAAAAAAUGAUUUGAAGGAAGAAAACCAAAACCAUCCUAUAGGAGAAGGUAUUUUACCAUGUUGGGAGAAAAUGACGGAACAGAUUCAGGAAGGGAAUGAUACAAAUGUAAAAAACAUUGGUGACUCCUCAGAAGUGGUGAAUAUUGAAGAAAGGCCUAUUAAAGCUGCUAUUGGAGAAAAGAAACAGACAUUUGAAGACUACUUAGAAGAACAAAUUCGGUUGGAAGAACAAGCACUAAAACAAAAACAGCUAAGGGAAACAGAAGGAUCAUUGUUAAUCAAAGCAAAACCAAAACAACCGUUCUUAAAACGAGGAGAAGGUUUAGCUAGAUUUACUAAAGCUAAAUCUAAGUUGCAGAAAGGGAGAGAAGGUGAACUAGUGACUAAUCAGAGCAUUUCAGAGGACCAAGCUGUGUUUAAAGUAGACAGACAGCAAUUCCAGCGGAAAACUGCUUUUAUAAGUAAAGAACCGUGUACAGAGAACCUUCCUGCUAGAAAAAACAGUAAAGCUGGAACGAAAAGUGGUUCUGUCACACUCAGUCAAAAGCCGAAAGUGCUUAAGAGUAAUAAUAGGAAAAGUCUGUCUCCGUCAGGAUGGAAAAUACCAGCAGGGAAGAAAGGUGAUGGGCAAUUUAGAGACCAGAUCAAAUUGAGAAGAAAAGUGGAAUCUAAUAAUAAAGAAAAUGUACCUGAGUCUACAAAACCUUUUGAUAGUGGUUGCAAAGUCUGGAAUAGCACACAAGGUAAAGACAAACUCCCCCUUUCGACUGGGCUGGCCAGCUGCAUGGCUUUUAAGAGCCUGAAAGGUGAGACCUUGAAAGAGUCAGAAUCUUCUCUUGACGUUUCUCUUCAGAAAAAGUUAGAGAACUGGGAACGAGAAAAGGAAAAGGAAAACUUGGAAUUAGAUGAAUUUUUGUUUUUGGAACAAGCUGCUGAUGAAAUAUCAUUUUCCAGUAAUUCCUCUUUUGUGCUGAAGAUCUUAGAGAGGGACCAACAGAUCUGUAAAGGUCACCGGCUGUCUUCUACCCCUGUCAAAGCUGCACAGCAGGAGAAGACGACAGCAUCGGAUCGCAGUAGUCUCCAUAACCAAAAUGAGGAUCCAGACCUUCCUGAACAUGAAUGUAAGGGUGACUGUGAAGUCGCAACCAAGCAGCUUGAUUCAGUGGCCUCACCCGAUGGAUUGAAGGAACAGUCAUGUAAAGUCACUAGGAAAGCAUUCCAAAUGAGCACUUCUGAAAGGCAAACUAGGUGGAAGGCAAGUGAUGAUGAAGGUGUUAUGAGCAGUGACAGUAGCACUAACUCUGAGGAACAACUUGAUGUUACCGUAAAACUAUCAAUGGAGGAUAAAGAAAGGUGCUUCCGCAGCAGAGAGGAUAGUCCACAAGUCUGUGAUGGUAAGGGACCUUUUAGGGACACUGGGACUCAAGAAGAAGAUAAAAGGAGAGAUGUUGAUUUAGAUUUGUCUGAUAAAGAUUAUAGUAGUGAUGAGUCUGUCAUAAUAGAAAGCUUGAAAAAUAAAGUUUCCGAGUCCUCAAGAAGACCCUCAUCAAUAAAUAUGAGUAAAAUUGACUUUGAUGAUGAAAGAACAUGGACCGACCUCGAAGAGAAUUCAUUUAAACAUGAUGGUAUUCUUGGGAAUGAAGCCGUUUAUGGGACUCCCCAGAUAACCUACCCUAAAAAGAGUGAAAUAGGUGUAUUGGACAAAACAAUAAAAAGGAAAGUUGCCCCCGUCAAGAAUGGAGAAGACUUGAGCAGUUCCAGCAGGGGCACAAGUCCUCCUCUUGCAUCGGAUCUGAUGAUGAAAUUCUUCCCUUCUUUGAAACCUAAACCAAAAUCUGGUUCACUCUUGGGAAAUGAACCGAAGUUAUACGUAAGUCAAGACCAGCCACCUGUUGACAGUGCUCGAUCUCAAGUUUUGAGAGAGAAAGUUAUUGAAUUGGAAAUGGAAAUAGAAAAAUUUAAAGCUGAGAACACAUCUUUAGCUAAACUUCGCAUUGAACGAGAAAGAGCCUUGGAAAAACUCAGGAAAGAAAUUGCAGACUUUGAACAACAGAAAGCAAAAGAAUUAGCUCGAAUAGAAGAGUUUAAAAAAGAGGAAAUGAGGAAGCUACAAAAAGAACGCAAAGUUUUUGAAAAGUAUGCUACAGUUGCAAGAACUUUUCCAGAUAAAAAGGAACGUGAAGAAAUACAGGCUUUGAAACAGCAGAUAGCAGAUUUACAGGAAGAUUUGAAAAGAAAGGAAGCAAAAUGGUCAAGCACACAUGGUCGUCUUAGAAGCCAGAUAGAAGUUUUGGUCAAAGAGAACACAGACCUCCGGGAAGAAAUAAAAGUGAUGGAAAGAUUCCGACUAGAUGCCUGGAAGAAAGCAGAAGCUACCGAGAGCAGCACCAAGACGGGGCAGUGUGUGACUGCUGCGAAAAAAGAUGGGUCCAUGAAUUCAUCAGUCCAAUUUCAAAAGAGUCAGAUUUCUUCAGGAACCCAGGUAGAAAAAUAUAAGAAAAGCUAUUUAUCAACACAAGGCAAUCCAUCUCGAAGAUCCAAGUCCGUGCCUCCUUGUGAUUUAGGCAGUUCGGAUAAGGGACAGACUGCCUCACCCAGGGAGCUCCCUGAACCAGCGGACUUCCCAGAUCCCGACUAUAAAGAGGAGGAUGAAAAAGAGGAGAAAGAGGAAAUUCAGGGAGAAAUCAGUCAUCCUGAUGGAAAGACUGUUGAUGGGGCUUGAAGACCUGCGGUACUUUGGGCGUGACCUCGGCUUAAACCUUCGGAUUCCUCUGAAAAGACAGUGUGCAUUUAGUUGCCAUUUCUACUUCAGAGAUGCAGCUGGAGAAGGGAUACAGUCCCUUUGUUUAAACUCUUUGUUCUUCCAGACAAAGCUAAAAAGCCUUUGUAAUCCUUUACUUUUAAAAAUACUUUCAAAAUACUUUUUAAAAGCCUCAGUUCUAGGCCUGCUGUUUCCUGCGGCCUUUCUUAAAUAGAGCCUGGGUCACGUGUCUCUCUCUCCAUCUCUAGCCUGCACAAGUUUAUUCUUGGGCAUCAGCAAGGUUUGGAGUGGGAAGACUGCCUGGCUGGGUAUUCCAGCUCCGAGGAGGAAUGAAAAAGGAAGGGACAUAAACAGGGUUUGUUACUGGGGAGGUGAUGAGGGAAUGUUUUCUCAGGUUUAUAAAACAUUUACUUUUCCAAAUACCCUCAUCGAAUCCAUUUUAAUUGAAAUUUUAAGGCCAGAGUUUACUGCUAGUCUUGAGGAAUGAGGGAAGGACAAAGAACAAGUGAGAGGAAGUAGUUCGACUUCCUGUACGAACUCUACUCUAGGGUAACAAAUUGUCGAUGUGGCAGGGUUUCCUGUGAUAGGAGAAUUCCAGCUAAUAAAUGGAAAAGGAAUGAGAAGGAGACCCAUCAGUUUGCAACCUCUAAUGAGGUAAAGGAUCUAGGCAGCAGUCACCACUGACUCCUGACACCGCAGAUGAAAGGUGGACGGGGUCUCAAGGCAGGUCUGUGACCCAUCAGGCCUGGGGUCGGGGAGACAACUGCAUACCGUGCUUCUGAACCUGUUGCCACAGCAGCUCACAGCAGCACCUAGAAAGUAUUCUUAUCAGAAUAAUUCCACUGGAGGUUAAUCAAGCCUCUAGGUCUAACUACUAGCUUUUUCAAGGAGGUACAGGGGAUGUAAGAACAUGUUAAAUGACAUGAUAAUGGGAAAGCAGUCAAAUCCAGAAUGUGAGCAAUGUUCAGGGACCCAGUUCCUUCAACAAGUAAUUGGCAUUGAAGAGGAGGAAAGGACGAGACUGUUAAAAUUGAGAUUUAAGAAACACAUCAACCCAGUGUUGUGAGGAUCUUGUUUUGAUCCUGAUUGAAAUAAACUGUAAAAAGCCUUUUUUGUGAAUUUAGGGAAAACAAUACGGAUGGUUAUGAUAUGAUGAAGGAAUUAUAGUUUGUUAGGGCUGAUCUUGAUUUGGUUACAUUAAAAAUCCUUCCAUUAGAGAUAUCUACUGCAGUGUUUACAGAUGUCUGCCGUUUGUUUUAAAAAAACCUCCACCAAAGAAGGAGUUUAGGGGUAAUAGGUGACAUAAGAAUGGUGAUGUGGUGAUACUUAAAAUUGAUUGUUGUGAGUUUAUUAACUUGCUCUCCUUUUGGGAGAAUUUUUUUUUUUUUUGAGGAAGAUUAGCCCUGAGCUAACAUCUGCCAAUCCUCCUCUUUUUUUUGCUGAGGAAGACUGGCCCUGA